UGCAAUAUGGUGCAUUUGGAGCCAAAAAGUUUUAAUAAGAAGUUGCCACAUCAACAUUCUGUAUUCUGCUUUAAUAGGGUAAAAGGGAUAAUGAUUGUAAAAAACAAAAUUUUAGAUAUUUUUACAACUGAUUUUAACUGUUUCAAGAAUCGGUCAAACUAGUCAAUUUAAUGACCCAGCUAGAUGCCGUUUCGCCUUCGAGUUUUCAGAACAUAAAUAUGUGCCAGUGCUCAUCGUUUGAACCCCUAGAAAAACCCACAACACAGAUUAUUAACAUAUUUGGACGGAAUAAAUCUUCAAAUUUUAUAUUCCUUUUGUAAAGGCAUGAAUUUUUACAGUUACCAGUAUUUUCUUCCAUUGUUUUUUUUUUUCUAAAAUGAAAAAACAUAAGUAAAAUAUCUAAAGUGAGAAAAAAAAAUGGCAAUAUUCAAAGAAUAAAAAGCAAAGGUGUAAAACAAUUAAUCUUAAUGUUAUUCCAAGAUUAGUUCCUCCUUUUAUCGAGUUUAGUAAUUCACUUUGAUAUAUUAUUUUAGUUUGAUAAGUCAGAUGACUAUUAUGUUUGUCUCAGAAAAAUAAUUUACAUUAACUAAACUUCUCCUUGCAAAUUGCAUGGUGAAUCAUUACAGGGACUUGGGCUCUUAGCACUUUCAGCCUUCUUCCCUUCCUUGAUGUCCUCAAACUGUCAAACUACAUCAAGCAGUAGCAUUCUAUGUCAUCCAGCUCCUCAGCUUCAAGCUAUCUUAUUUUUCUUUUCGUUAUAUCUGAUAGCAAUAGCACAAGGAAUGCACAAGCCUUGUAUUCAUGCGUUUGGAGCGGAUCAAUUUGAUGCAUCAGAUACAGAAGAAUGUAAAUCCAAAAGCUCGUUCUUCAAUUGGUGUAAUGCUAGUGAUUGUUUGGCCAUCACCAUUACGUAUUUUACCUUGACUUACAUUCAAGAUAACCUCAGUUGGGGUCUUGGAUUCGGAAUCCCUUGUUUGGCCGUGGUGUUUGCACUAGUUUGGUUUCUUCUUGGAACUUUCACAUACCGCUUUCACACGACUAAUAAUGAUGAUCAAGGACAAGGCAAAAGUGAACCCUUUUCGAGAAUUGGUCGGGUGUUUAUCAAAGCAGCUAAGAAUUGGAGAACCAUUUCUUGUGCGGAAGAUAUGGAUGCCGAGAAUCAAGGUCAGGGUUUUCCCAAUUCGGGUUCUCAAGAGUUCAGGUUUUUAAACAAAGCAUUGUUAUCAUCUGAUGGCACAAUGGAAGAAGGUCAUGUUUGUAGCAUAAAUGAAGUUGAAGAAGCUAAGGCAAUACUGAGGCUGGUUCCAAUAUGGUGUUCCUGUUUGGCAUAUGGAAUUGUAUUUUCUCAAGCAUCUACUCUUUUCACGAAGCAAGGGCUUACCAUGGAAAGAUUCAUCACUUCCACUAUCCAAAUACCAGCUGCAUCACUUCAAUCUUUCACUAGCAUUACAAUAAUCGUGUCUCUCUGCAUCUACGAUCGCAUAUUAGUUCCUACAGCAAGAGCCAUAACCGGAAAAACUUCCGGCAUAACAAUGUUGCAAAGGAUCGGAACUGGAAUAUUCUUUUCAUUUUUGUGUGUUCUUGCAGCGGCUCUAGUUGAAAAAAGGCGUCUUGAAGUUAUCGAAGAGUUUGAUUUAGUUGAUUUGCCUGAUGCGACAGUGCCAAUGAGUGUGGCUUGGUUGUUACCUCAAUAUUUGUUACUUGGAGUUUCUUGCACAUUCACCGUAACUGGUUUACAACAAUUUUUCUAUGACCAAAUGCCUAAUGAGUUGAGAAGCACUGGGCUUGCAAUAAGUUUUACCGCAAUAGGGUUAGGAGAAUUGCUUAGCAGCCUUCUUAUCUCUGUGAUUCAGAAGAUCACUGGUGGAUUGGAUGAACAUGGUAAUCCUUGGAUUUCGGAUAAUCCGAUGAAAGGGCACGUGGAUUACUUCUAUUGGUUGCUUGUUGGACUUAGUGCAUUGUCGUUUGUAGCUUUCUUGUAUUUCGCAAAAGGUUACACUUACAGAAAUCAGUGA